ACCAAAUGGAGCCUUACAAGGUUCUGAGAUUUCUGUUGAGUGUCUUUAGAGAGAGAGAGAGAGAGAGAGAGAUGGGUGGAGAAGGUAAAAUCCCAUGUCUUGAUUUUUCAGGAGAGGCCAUGGAUGAAGAAAGUGAAGCAUGGAAGGCUCUGAGUAGCAAAGUUAGAGAGGCAUGUGAGACACAUGGGUGUUUCUUGGUAGAGUACAGUAAAAUCUCUGUGCAACUAUCUGAAGCUAUGUUCAUGGAGAUGAAACGAUUGUUUGAUCUACCAGAAGAUACUAAGAAGAAACACAACAGCACUUUGCGUUUCAACGGUUACUUUUGCUCCCCAUUCUCCUCCAUCCAUGAGAGCUUCGGCAUUAAUGACGCCCACCAGCUUCAACUGGCUGGAGCUUUCACCGAUCUCAUGUGGCCUCCUCAUGGCAACCCUAGCUUCUGUGAGGUUCUCAACUCCAUGAGCUCAAAGAUGAUGGAACUGAACUUAAUCAUCCUCAAAAUGGUUUAUGAGAGCUUUGGCUUGGAAAACUACUCCUAUGGAUUGCAAGAAGAGAACAAUACCGGCAAUUUUCGUUUAAUAAAAUAUAAAGUUCCUAUAAGCAAUGAUCCAACCAUUGGUCUUAUUCCUCACACUGAUAAGAAUUUCCUCACCAUUCUAUCUCAAAAUGAGGUUCAAGGUCUCGAGGUUAUGUCUAAAGAAGGCAACUGGAUUCAACUGUCAAUUCCCAACGAAUGCUUCAUGGUCAUCGUUGGCGAUUCGCUUAAGGCUUGGAGCAAUGGAAGAGUGCAUGCUGCAAAGCACAGGGUGAUGAUGAAAGGGCAGAAAGAAAGGUAUUCAUGUGGGUUAUUUUUAUCACCAAGAGAGGAUUUAACCAUUGAAGUCCCUGAAAAGCUUGUCGACCAACAUCAUCCUCUCCUCUAUCGUCCAUUUACUUACUCUGAUUUCCUCAAUUUUUACACCUCCAACUUGAGUGACCAAGCACUUGAGCUUUUUGCUGGUGUUUGAUUUAUAUCAGUAUGUGUUAUUAUUAACUCUUUGUGUUGUAACUUGUGUUAUCAAGUGAAUCCCACCUCAAGAGCACCGGUAUUAUUCAAUUCAUCAUGAUAUUGUAAGAUUAA